UGUGUGUGUGUGUGUGUGUGUGUGUGUGUGUGUUCGUAUGCAUGCACGUCUGUUUGUGGCAGCCAUAUAGAACAUCAUAUCACACAUCACAAAGACACAAGGUGAAAGGAAAGAAAGUCCUGUGUUGUAGUAUGUUAUUCUAGCACUUCAUGACCAUAUCCCUCAGGUUCUCACCUUGUGUCCGUGCCAACCCACCCUUCCUCCAAAUCCCCAGUGUGUCCCUUAAGUCUCCUCUCAUUGGUCAAGCUACGGAGGCAAGAGGCUAGCAGACACAAUAAAAGGGAAGAGGUUUGUUGUUGAAACUACCAAAUGCAGGGAAUGGAGUGAACAGCAAACCAUUUAAUUUAAAGAUCAAUGCACACCAAAAGCCGCUGACAUGCCCUCUCUUCGUUUGCUCGCCAUUCUCACAACCCUGCUGGCGGUAGUCUUGAUGGCGACCCAGUCGUCCGCAACCAGAACAACCCGCAGACCAAAGCCUCAGAAUACCAAGAAGCCCCCUCGUGGAGGUGGUACCGGAGGAGGUGGUGGAGGGGGAGGAGGUGGUGACCAGCCGGCCCGUCUGGGCUUCAGGCAGACCACCACCACCAUGGCCCCCUCCAGUAGCCUGGGCACCGACGAGACCACAGAGGAUACCAUGACGGACGCCUACUCCCUGUCGCCCACUGACAGCACCACCUACGCAGGCGACGCCUACCCCACAGAGUUCCACACAGACUCCAUGGCGCUCCCUGGGGCCGGCAUGGGAAACUAUACCCUGGACUACAGCCACUGCUACUUAAACGUCUGCGAGUGCUGCCCGCCUGAAAAGGGCCCCAUGGGGCCCCCAGGGGAGAGGGGGCCCCCAGGGCCUGGAGCAGAGAGGGGACUUCCAGGUGUACCUGGAGAGAAAGGUGAUGUGGGAUUCAUGGGACCUCCUGGACUGGAUGGUAUGCCUGGAGCUACUGGACUUGAAGGAGAUAAAGGUGACAAAGGCGAUCAAGGAGACACAGGGAUGCCUGGUGCUCCAGGGAUACUUGGGAAACAGGGGCAGAAAGGUGACUUGGGCCCCAAAGGAGAAAAAGGAGAAACAGGCCUCCCUGGCUUGAAAGGAGACCUGGGAGAAAGGGGAAAGCCUGGGUGGAAUGGGACCCAGGGCGAGAAAGGUGACCUGGGUAGAAUAGGCCCUGCAGGUCCCUCCGGGUUGACUGGCCCAAUGGGACAGAAUGGCCAAAAGGGAGAGAUGGGGGAGUGUCCAACUGGCGAGAAGGGAGAGAAAGGGGAGGUGGGCUUACCUGGCCCCCCUGGGCCGAGGGGGUUGGUGGGACCCCCGGGAGUAAAUGGAAGCAAUGGUCUACCAGGGCCUGUAGGUCUGAGGGGUCAGCUAGGCUCCCCGGGAGGGAAAGGGGAGGCAGGGGGGCGGGGGCCUCCGGGUCCCCCAGGCUUGAGGGGCAUGCCUGGGCCGAAAGGAGAGAAAGGCCCCAAGGGCCCACGAGGUGUGCGGGGUCCCAAGGGCCCCCAGGGGGAGACCGCAGAGCAAAUACGCUCUGCCUUCAGCGUGGGCCUCUUCCCCAGCAAGUCCUUCCCCCCUCCAGGCCUUCCCGUCAAGUUUGACAAGGUCCUCUACAACGAAGAGGAACACUGGGACCCAAUGCUCAGCAAGUUCAAUUGCACCCACCCCGGGGUCUAUGUGUUCUCCUACCACAUCACCGUGCGCAAUCGGCCCCUGCGUGCCGCACUGGUGAUUAACGGCGUGAAGAAGCUGCGGACGCGUGACUCCUUGUACGGUCAGGACAUCGACCAGGCGUCCAAUCUGGCUCUGCUGCGUCUGGCAUCAGGGGACCAGGUAUGGCUGGAGACGCUGAGGGACUGGAACGGAGUCUACUCCAGCAGCGAAGACGACAGCACCUUCACUGGCUUCCUGCUUUAUGCUGACCCCAAGGCCUGACCUACGACCUCGCCUGUGAACCCGGCUUGACCUCUGCACAACCUUUAUCUGACAACUCCGCAUCCCCUCCAAACUCUUUGCACUACUCUGCUAAAUCAUCUCUGUCAAUAUUGCUAUUGCUACUGCUACUGCCUAUGUUUCUGCGUAUUGCUAUCAAAACAAUCUGACCAAAUGCUUGCUGUAUUUGGAUGGGAAAGGCUGUAACACUUUAUGCAACGCUUACGCGUUCUGACAAUGCAAUAAAACACUGCUAAUGCUUGAAAUGAAUAUUGUGUGAGUUUAUGGAUUUGAACAUAUCUAGACUUUACUGAUCUUAGCCUUAGAUUCAAUCAGAUCAAGCGUUAACCGGCGAUAGCCAACACCCGCAUAGCUAAUGUUUUGGCGGUGUCAGACAUGUAGCUGUGUUGGAGCUGUCAAGUCGGUGAGCAGCUGCUCUUAAUAAUUGUCACAAAGCCAUACCUGUCCAACUCGCAUUAGAAGUUCAGAGUGAGAAAGUGUAGUCUAUACAUAAACAAUGUCGCAAAAUCAUAAAACAAAAUAAUGAGGAUUUCUAUUAGCCUAAUCGAGGUGUAGACUACAUCUCACAUUCCAGUGUUUGAACUUGUAAACAAGGCUGCAAGGAAUUUCUCCUAAUGCGUCUCCAUGCAGCCAAUG